GAUCACGAUACGAAAGUAACCCUGGACCUGUUUUUUUGGGUUUCAGAGCCAGGUCUCCUGCACUCUGAAGGUCUGAAGAAUAUCAAGGCUCUUGCCCUUUUCCCUCUUGCGGUCCCUUAUGCCCAAUGACGGCUGUCUCCGGGUCACUGCAGGAUGGAUGAAGUGGAUCUGACAGUUUUUGUCUGUCACCAUCAGUGCUUGCCUCUCAGUGACUGUGUCUUGUUCUUUUACGUUUAUAAAAGAACACCUCCUCUCUUGGGCUCUGGCCCCUUACACUGUAAGAGUAACUGUUAGUAAGGAAUACCCCACGGAGGGGGCCUUCCAGCAAGUGGUUCACGUGAGCUUUUAUUACUUUUUCUCAUAGGCUUUUUUGUGCCGCAGUAAAAACCAGAAAGAAGAAAUUUUUGCAAAAGGUCAAGGUUUACAUUUGAGUUUUUUUCAUAAUAAUUUAUUUAUACAUUUAUUUUUUUUUUCCUGGAGAGAUGUCAUCGGAAAAUCCCAACAAGGUGGUGACCUUCUUGGCCCCUCCACCUCCAAAGAAUGUGAAUGGCUCCGGUUCGGACUCACUGGUGGGUGAGAAGCUAGACACGGAGGUCAGAAAACGACGCCACACCAUGGAUAAAGAUCUGAAGACGGCUGAGCACAGAUUUUUUAGGCGUAGCGUCAUCUGUGACUCCAAUGCCACAGCCCUCGACUUGCCCAGCAAAACCUGCAUCCUCACCUCGCCUCCGGACUGUGAGCAGUUUGUUGUGCCUGCAGUGCUGGGUUCGGCCCCUGAUGUUACCAUUGACACCCAAGUGGGUGUUUCGGGUGUCCUAUUGGAAGAACAUGCGGAGGAUGGAAGAGCUGCUCGGGUUGAUGGGAUUGUGGAGGUACAGAGCCCAUCUGUGCAGGAUGUGGGUGUGAGGCAGAUCGAGGCCCUUGGGAUGGCAGAGACGGAGCCCAGCGAUGUGGGUGACAAGGAGCAGGAGAGCGGAAUAGCAGACAAACGUGAAGAGGAGGAGAAAGGGGUGGCGAAGGCCCGUGCUGAAGCUGAGCAGAGGGAGGCUGAGAAAAAGGUUCAGGAGGAUGAAGAAGUGGAAACCAAAGCUGUGGGCACCUCACCUGAUGGGCGUUUCCUCAAAUUUGACAUCGAGAUUGGACGCGGCUCGUUCAAAACCGUCUACAAGGGUUUGGACACGGAGACAACGGUGGAAGUAGCGUGGUGUGAACUUCAGGAUCGGAAGCUUUCGAGAUCAGAGCGCCAGCGCUUCAAGGAAGAGGCCGGCAUGUUGAAAGGUCUGCAGCACCCAAACAUUGUGCGUUUUUACGACUCAUGGGAUGCCAGGAGAGAAAGACACCCUGCAGUUCUGCAUGGCUACUCCUCCACCGCAAAGAUAAACAGUGAUCAAGAGGUCAGAAACAUACCCAUCAUUCACCGGGACCUUAAGUGCGACAACAUCUUCAUCACCGGCCCUACCGGCUCCGUUAAGAUCGGUGAUCUGGGCUUGGCCACCCUCAAGCGCUCUUCAUUCGCUAAGAGUGUCAUAGGUACCCCUGAGUUCAUGGCGCCUGAGAUGUACGAGGAAAAAUACGACGAGUCGGUGGAUGUGUACGCCUUCGGAAUGUGCAUGCUGGAGAUGGCUACCUCUGAGUACCCGUACUCCGAGUGUCAGAACCCCGCUCAAAUCUAUCGCCGAGUCACCAGCGGAGUUAAACCUGGCAGUUUCGACAAAGUAGCCAUUCCAGAGGUGAAAGAGAUCAUCGAGGGAUGUAUUCGCCAAUACAAAGAUGAAAGAUACGCCAUCAAGGACCUUCUGAACCAUGCCUUCUUCCAGGAGGAGACUGGGGUGCGGGUGGAGCUGGCUGAGGAGGAUGAUGGGGAGGUGAUUGCCAUCAAACUCUGGUUACGUAUUGAAGACGUCAAGAAACUGAAAGGCAAAUACAAAGACAACGAAGCCAUCGAGUUUUCCUUCGACCUCCAUCGAGAUGUGCCAGAAGAUGUGGCUCAGGAAAUGGUUGAGUCGGGCUAUGUUUGCGAGGGUGACCACAAAACCAUGGCCAAGGCCAUUAGGGACCGUGUGUCCCUGAUCUGCCGCAAACGAGAGCAAAGACAGCAGGUGCGAGCCAAGCAAGAGAAACGCAAGCAGGAGGAGGAGCAAAAGCAGUUGUCCAGCGAGUCUUUGAAGAACGUGCCCAGCUCUCAAGGUUCUGCACAGAGUCAGUGCGGUUCCCAGCCUCCGACCCCUGGCCUCGUCCAGCCUGAGUGUGAGGAGCCUGACGCAAACCAGCAGCUUCAGUACAUGCAAAGUGGAAUGACCUUGGCUGACGGGGCGCUUGACAGUGGUCAGGGUUCAUCCGUGUUCUCAGAACCUCACCCCAGCCAGCUCAGCAUGUCGUAUAGUUCUCCUGCAGCGUCGCAACCCCAGCAGGUGCCUGGACAGGCCGCCUACCCUCCCAGCUCUCAAGCUCCCCAACAGCACACCGCAUACCCCCAACAGCCCAUGCCACAAUCAGUCAGUCAGCCGUACGGUGGAGGAGGCUCAGGUCUGGUCGAGCCCCAGCUCUUUUUCCCCACCAUCCCGGAACGGCCCGUCUCGUUCUCCCCCCCGCCAUCUUGCUCGCCUAAAGCUUUCAACGUGCAGCGCCGCAAGAGCACCUCCAUCCUGGAGGCCCACACGCGUCACUUCCAGCCCGCCUACCAUCGUAGCUACGGCAGCAGCCUGCACCCGUUUUCUGGCAUGGAAGCUCUGGGCCCUGGCUGCGAACCAUCCCUGUUCAUGAUGCCCGGGAUGGCGGCUCAAAGAUUGGCCGAACCACUGCACCUACAGCCCCCAGCAGAACCGCUAUACGGAUAUAAAGACAUGAGGGCCGAGCAAGAGGAAGCUGUGCGCAGACUCAGCCUCAACCAGGCUGCAUUAAUGGACCAUCUGGAAGCCAUGGCCUACAGUGGCUACCCUAUGACUGCACAUCAGCUAAGCCACAUCAGCUUCCAUCAGCAAAUGCAGGUCGCCGCUGCAGCUAGCUUGGCCUAUGAGACUCAAUCACAGCCUGGGCCAGCUUACCUACACCCUCAUGUCCAGAGUCACAUGCGCUUAACCCACAGCCCGAUCCCGCAACUGCCUUCCAUGAGUGUGUCUAGCUCUGCCUCUGCGCCGCAACAAACCGCAGCUGCAGAUCCAAGCUAUCAGCCCCAUUCGUUUCCCCAUUCUGCACCACCCGUGUUGGCUCAAACAUCUGAGCCGAGCACCGCCUUUGAAUUCCACAUGCACAACCUCCAGGCAGACCCAGCCAUGCUGGCGUCCAGACUGUACCGAGCCCGCCGGGGCUCCAUGGACCUUAACCUGGAGGAAGCGUCUGGCAGCCAGGGCUUGUGUGGUCGAUUGCAGCCCGUUACUGAAGAACUGUAUAGCUACGUGAGCCCGGAGCUGCCCCUUCCCCCGGGCAGCCUGCUUCUCCAUGGACCUAAAGAACUCAGUCCUGAACCUUCAAGUGACUCCAUGACCUCCUCCGAUGCUGGGGAGUUCCACUCGCCUCCGCCUCAUCCUUUGUUCCAAUCUCAAGACUGUUCUGCAGCUCAAUCCAUCCUACAAACGUUGUACUACAAAACAGAUGGAGGGAGCAACAUCAGCGAAGGACACCCACCCAGUCAGACGACGUUUCUGUUCGUUCCACCUUCUGAAUCAUCCACCAUUCCGUCCUCGCACAUCAGUGCUCUGCACAGUACCUGGGCCCGUCAACCAUCCCAUCCACCGGACCUCAAAUACCACGAGCCUGCCUUGUCCCAUCAGGGCGCUACCUUGGUGCAGAUCCCAAUCCCUCAAUCUACAAGUGCCAUGUCUCUGGUUUCCUGCAGCACCCCAUCAGCCACCUCUGCUUCUCAACAGUAUGGAGGUUACUACGUCCAAGCACUCCCUUCGCAGGCUGCUGUUCCACAACAGGUUUCUCUGGGGCAGACAUUCCAACCAGGUGUCUCGUUAUCCCAACAGCAAGCUCCCCAACAGCCUCCCAGCACUGUGGUUCAGAGCAGUUCCCAGACACAGGUCCAGCCCACACAGACAUCUCAUAGCGUCUCUCAGACUUCGACGACAGAGCUGUCACAACUCCAAACUCCUGGUGUGGAGAGCUGUCAUUCUGAUGUGGCAUCUGGGCUCAGUGAUGGUAAUGAGGGCAUAACGGGUGGCAGGCAUGAGGGUCGUUCUGUCAAACGGCACCAGCGCAGAUCAGUGCGCAGCCAUUCACGCCAUGAAAAAACCUCUAAGGCCAAGCUCAAUGUUCUUAAUAUCUCCAGCAUGGGCGAUAGAGUUGCGGAGUGUCAAUUAGAAACACACAACAGAAAAAUGGUGACUUUCAAGUUUGAUCUCGACGGCGAUAACCCAGAGGAAAUUGCACAGAUAAUGGUACAAAGUGAAUUCAUUCUAGAGAGCGAGCGCGAGUCCUUCAUCGAGCAGAUUCGAGAGGUCAUAGAAACAGCAGAUGAGAAAGGUGUGGAGAGAGAGCGCAGCCAGUCAGUCAGUGAUCACGAGCAGCAUAUGCCCACCACAUCUGCACCUCUUGAACAAGGUGUGCCACCGAGUUCAGCUGCCCUGGUGGUCCACUCGGCAGGCCGCAGGUUUAUCGUGAGUCCAGUGCCUGAAUCCAGACUGAAGGAACAGUUCUUUAGCUCACCCCAACCCACAAUUGAAGAGCCUUCAUCCUCUGUGUCAGUUCCACUGCCUGCCUUGGGGCUUUCUAUGUCAGCGUCUGCAGUCAGUCUACAGCAAGCGUUUUCUGAAUUGCGUCAAGGCCGGUUUGACCCGGGUCCCAGCACUGCGCCGCCUAUGCUCCAUGUCUCCUUGCCCCCUCUGGUUCCCACCGCAGCACCCUUGCCCUCUAGCACCGCCCCAGUGGUCCCUCCACCAGUGUCUUCUGAAGUGACCUCUGUCUCCAUAAACCCUCCAGGGUCUUCGUCACCUCCUCCUACCCUUCCUGCCUCCGCCAUGACCUCCCCUCCAGCCCAUUCGCAACUCCCUCUGCCUCAAAGUCAGACUGUACCUACCGUCAUCAGUGUUAUUUCCACCACUUCCUCUCUGCCAAUGCCAGCUGUGCCUGCCGCCACAUCCUUCCCCCAAACCUCAGUCCCCAUGCCCGUACCUGCCUGUACUGCUGCCCUGCUCGCUCAUCCCCCGACUCCUAUGGGAUCUGUUUCUGGUGGCAGUAGUGAACAGCCGCCCAUCCCCUCCACUUCAGCUCAGCUCACACCACCGGUCAUCCCCACCACAGCCAUCCAGACGCCGCAGCUCGCACCAUCCACCACCACGGUCAUUCCCACCUCGGUUGCUCAGUCACAAGUGCCCACCCUCCAGCCGGUUACCACCAAUACACCAGUCGUGCAGCCCACACCCGUGCACAGCCAACCUCAAACCUCCACCGUGCCCAAUCAGAGCCACGCACAUUGUGUAGAAUGUGACAGCGAUCCACAGGGGAAGGGCGUUGAUGACAUUCAGGCUCUGGAUAAAAAACUGCGCUCGCUUUUCAUGGACCUGGGCUCUGGUCCGCCCUCUGCCCAGUCUGAUGUCACAUCUGACCCCAUGGCAGCCCCAAGCGUCCCUGGCACCUCCUCUCCAACUGCCUGCACCACCCCUAGCGGCACACCUCUCCCUCCCUCUAGCUUACCCCUGAACUCCUCCGGUCAGCCCACGGGCUCUCCCAUGACCUCCAUGGGUAAUGCCUCCACCCCGGUCGGCUACAGUCAGACGACUCCAUCCAAAGCGCCGUUAUCAAGAUUACCGGUGUUGCCUGUCGGCCCAGAUCAGGCUGGCACGCCGCCCACAGAGCACCUACCACCCUUCCCAGGACCUUGUUUAACUCAGUCCCAGCAGCCCCUGGAGGAUCUGGAUGCCCAGCUGAGACGGGCGCUGAGUCCAGAGACCGUCCCAAUCAACAGUGUCACGCACCAGUCAUCUCUCACUGGGAUCCCACCCGGAGGACAGCCAGUAUCGUUUUCUCUGGAUGAUGAGUCAGCAGCUGCACCUGCAGCUGGAGGAUACAAACUGGGACGAUUCCAGGUGUCAGCGGCUCCUGAUGAGAACGCCCUGCAGGCUCCCACCACCUCCCAGGAAUCAUCCUCCACAUCUUCUUCCUCCACCACCACCACCUCCUCUUCAUCAUCCUCCUCCACUCUCUCUAGCCCUGAAAACACGCUACACCGAACCUCCUCUCCCCUUAGAGACACAAAAGUAGAUGAGGUUGAUGGCCUCCCUGCUCUCCCCAAUCGGACGACAACCCAUCCACAGCCCACCACCAUUGGCCGUUUCCAGGUGACCACCAAGGCGGACACGAAGGUGGGGCGUUUCUCAGUGAGCAGAGCACAGGACGAGGCUCUUGUGGCUAGCUUACAACCCCCAGAACCCCAGCCGGCACCUCCGGCCCAUCCAGCUGUUGGGAAUGGUCCAAGUCCCGGGAGCCUCAACAACUCGGUCAGCUCCUACUUCAGCAGCGACAAUGACUCAGAGUUUGAAGAUGAAGACUUUAAGAGAGAAGUCAGCAAGUUGAGGGAGAAGCACAUGAUGGAGAGUCAGGCUCUGUACACCCGGCAGAAGGCAGAGAUUGAAGCACUGUUCACUCGCUUGGGCAAAGCACCUCCCGCCAUGGUCAACCCUCCCGUUGUAAACCCAGCCGGCCGCAGACGACGUCCCACCAAGAGCAAAAGCAGCAAAUCUAGCCGCAGUAGCUCACAGGGCAGCAAGAGUCCUAUACUGCCAGCAACCAGCACUUUAUCUGUGCAGAGCGCUCCCUCUGUGUAUCCGCCUCAGCAGGCCUUCCUGGCCCCUGGGGGGAUGAUAGAUGGGGGGAGCAGCCCUCUGCUCCAGUCCUUCAAACCCUCCCCUUCUAGUGAGAACCUGUGCUCCGCUUACACCAGUGACGCCACGCUCUCUGCGCCCAGUUUGUGUGUCACCUCGCAAGGCUGUGUAAAGUUCAGCUGUGGGUCGGAGAGAGUGACCUUCAAACCAGGUGGCAGGAGGACGCGUUUUCUGAGUACGCCCUGCUUGGCUCUUUGGAAGAUGGUGAAAAAAGUGUGCCCCUGCAACCAACUUUGUAGGACGAGCAGCACCAACACGGUGGCUGGAAACGGUCAGAAUCAAUACCAGCCGCCCGUCUCUCAGUCCCAGAGCUGCAAGGGAAUGUUCACAGACGAGCUGCACAAAUUGGUGGACAACUGGGCCAGGGACGCUAUGACCCUGUCGCAGGGCAAGAGAGGCUCCAAGCACCAACAACAAGUGACUCCUCAGGGCCACUGCUACGAAAUGGUUCCUCCUACCAAUAUGGGCCGUAAGUACUCGGCUCCAGGCCAGCUGUGCCCAAGCAUCGCUUCAACUCUGAGCAGCCACCCGCCCAUGCCCAAAACUCCCGCUACCUCUCUGGGGGCCCUGAAGGGCUCCUUGUGUCCCACGCCACAGUACGGCUACCCCUCCGCACCUUACAGCGCCCAGUGGGCUGGUUCGGCCACGCACACCCAGGCCGGUCUGCUGGCCACCUCACAACCCCUGGGACAGUAUCCCCAGGUUCCGACCCCUUUACAGACCUUCCACAUCAGCACUUUGCAAAGGUCAGUCAGCCACCCGGGUGGACCCAACCUGAAGACCACGUAGGGCAGGGCCUAGCCGUGCCAGGCCUAAAUAACUCUCGAAUUGGGGGAAGGAAGGGGGGCGGAUUGGGCAAGCGUUUGAUUGCAUUGCAGAGAUUCUGUCACAAGAGUUUCCUUUGGGAUGGUUGAGGAAGAAGAUGCCAGAAUCCUCCUGCAUGCUCACAGAUAUGCCACGGGGAUGAUGCACAACGAUGCAAAGAAUAAGAGAAGAUGAAAAUAAAACAACGGACACUUGUGUGCAAUGUUACGUGGCCAAAGAAGGUGUGACCAUUUUUAUUGUUAAGAUGUGUAGUGAUGGCAUCCUUCACCACCCAGCCCCAAACAUUUGUCAAGGGGUUCGAGAUUUGCUGACCUAAAAUGGAAUAGAUGCCACUGGCAUCCAUCCAUCUGUAUGUCCUCCUGAUAAAUUCAUACAUCAAGCAUGUCAACAAACGGAAGUCGGGUGGGUGACGGUGAGCAGCGAAGAGUCAAACCUAGUGUCCUUGUUCCCCUCUUGCCCUAAACCCUCUGCUGCAAUGCCAUGGAAUAAUGCAAUAAUUACAAUGGUAGAAAAAAGCCCAUUUUAAAACACAGGAAGUGGCCUUCAUUAGAUAAAAUGACAAAAUCCAUGUACAGAUAUCCUUUGUUUUUAAAUUGGGUUAUGAGGGUUUUGAUUUCAUUCAUUUGGUUUGGUUGGUUAGUUGGUUUUUCUUCCCUAUGCCCUUCAAGCUGGCCUUGUGUAGCAGAAUGGUAGGGACAGUUAUUUUUUUGUCAUGUUCAGAGGCCUUUCAGCUGCCCCCCGAGGUUUGUACUACAAAGCUUCUACAAGCAUCCCAGCAUCCCAGCUUAUUCACUCUCUUACCGUCCUCUUCCGGUUUUCUCAUCAGGCCACACCACAAGGUGACGUGUAAAAUGGUGGAUAAAAUCAGUUGGAUUGGGGUUUGGAUACGAAGCUGGGGGUCACGGGAUUUGUCGCCUUGGAGACCUGUGAAGCUUUAAAUCUAUGGCUAAUGAUCAGCUUUUUCUGAUCAUGGCAGCAUUAGGGGGGGCCUCUUACCAUAGUUUGAUCGAGACAUUCAAAUAAGUCGUGUUCUGUAUGGACCUGUAUUUACUCAUCAGUUAUUGAUGUUGAAACACUGUGAUUAUUACAAAUGUUGUUGGACAACAUUAGAUAAGAAAAGUAGACAAAAAAAAAACAUGAAAUUUUGGAGGGGUUUGGAUAUUAGCGUUCGUGAGAUGUAAGGCUAGCUAUUUCAUUAUUCACAUCUUAUUGGAGACACUUUAACUUUUUUCCCCUUUGUACUUUCUUUAUAUUAUUAGAUAAAUGUGAAUGUAAAAUGGAUUCAAUUAAUGUACUUGAAGAAACCAAUUUGUCCCUCUUUCCCUACGCCCAGUGAGCUUUCUGAAGAUUCUAGUGCCUUGCGUUAUUUUUGUUUUUGUUUUUUGGAGUCGGGGUUUGAUAUGUAAGGCAACGGAGAGUCUCAAGCGUUGCACUUGGUUGGAGUGCUGGUCUUUGGACUUCACAGAGGGUGAACAUUAAUAUACUGCAGAAAUGAGGUGCUGUUUUGGAUGCCGUUUUGAAUUGGCUACGACUGAAACCAUUUGAUGGCACAGUCCUAGUCUUUUGGGAAAGUCGAAAGGUUCAUAUAUACUGUGUGCAAACACACAAUCCAGCCAUUAUAUCACAUUCAAAGGCUGUGGAAGUGCUUGAGGGUUGCGUUUUAGAUACUUCAUCAAUCUACUUUAGUAUGCAAGUGUAAGUGUGCCUAUCAUCAGUGCACCCUUUCUAGCGUAGAUGAGUCAUUUAAAAUGCUAUUGACAACCAGUCUUUGUUUUCCAGAUGGAUUCUCAAAAGGUGUGAACGGUUCUUGUGAAGGUGAAGGAUCGGCUCAGAUAGAAACGCAGGACGAGGAAAGUUAGUAAGCAUGGGACAGUAUGUUGUAAGUACUUCAAAACCACCAAUAGCUUAGAUGUUUUUCUAGCACUGCUUGAUCGGUUUUGAUACCAUCCAGUGUCAAACCCUCUCCGGUGUGCGAAGAGAGACACGUUUUAGCAACAGAUGCGAUGGAAUGUGUAACUUCAUGAGCGAGAAAAGGACCAGAAAUGUGGGAAAAGACAGUUAGCAACCUUCACCUACACAAGAACGCCACUCUCUGCCAAAACAGCACUGUCGAAGACUAAUUCUCGCUGGUUUCUCAUCAAUCCGCUUCUUUUGAACUCUCACUGCCCAUGUAAGUUCUCAAGUCACUGUACUGGCAACGGCCUUUGGUUUUAUGGCAGAUCAGUAGCUUCAUUUUGGGGGAUCUCAACUCUCUCUUUUUGUAGCAGUCAGUCAAAUCACUCUUGUAAAUGAUUUAGUUUAUUCAAAAUACUAGACCUGCAGUGUCAAACUAACUUUUAGUGUCAUGUUCAGCACAUUAAGCUGUGCAGAUGAAUUGAGAACAGUCCUGAUCCACCAGAAACUAAUGUACAGAUUCUUAGAGCAUUUUAUUUGGGGUACAAAAGCAUAGUGGAGAUGCUCAUCAAAUUAACUACUGAAAGGGUGUAGAUUACAGCUCGUUACAUACUGCUUAGUGUGUCGUCUGUGUGAAACGUCUGGUACAGGAACUUCACUUUAGGUCAACUGUACAGUUUAGAUUCUCAACUGGCUCUCUAUAUUUAAAAUACGAUCGUUUUACCUUUAUCUCUUGCUUUGUACGCAACGCUUUACCUGUAGACAGCUCAUUUUUACCCACUUUGUCAUUUGGUUCGUUCAAACUGUGAACACAUCAGAAGGUCUUUAACAAAGAGGUCCAACCUGCUCAGUGUUCAGGCUAAUGAAAUCUGUGUAAUACUACCUUCUGAGUGCCAUGUCCCUGUUCCAGAUAUGAUGCAAGUGUUAAUUUGCUCUCGCUGUAAGAAACAGGUCCCCCUGUUUGACUGUAGAGGGCACUUAUGUAACUGCAGUGCAGGAUGUACAACAAAAUGAGAUUUACCUCUGACCUCUGAUGUAAAUGAUACAGCACCUUGGAAAAUGUAAAAAAAAAAAAAAGUUUUUUUUUUUAUGCGUUUGUAGCGUGCUGAUGUGCGAACGAGCCAUUCAGUAUCGAUAGACAUUCAGUUUGAUGAAAAAAAUUUUUUUUUUUUUUUUUUUGCAUGAGACUAGUUACAGAGAAAAUAAAUGCACACAAACUCACUCAAAAAGUAUCUUAUUGAAUGAAACCUUCCUUUCUAGUCGCUCUCCUGUGGAAAGAAAUACAACAGAACAAUGUUUACUUAAUGCUACUGACCUGUCAUUAAGUUAUUUUGUUUUGUACUGCUAUCUGAUCCGCUUGUUUUGCUGUCUUUUGAGUUUCUAGAGUUCCUCUGGCGACUUUCAUUCAGUGUUUUUUUUUUCUCCGUAUGAUAUUUAACAGUGUACAAAAUGUUAAAAGAGUUACUUAAAAUGAAAACCAAACAAAAACAUGUAGGGAAUCAUCGGCAAUGUUUAACUGUAUGUUUUGCACUAAGUAUAGGAUGUUCUAGCUUCAUAUAAAACUGCGCUUUGCGCUCCAAUAAAACAGCAUUUGUUACCCUAUUUGUAAACUUAAUAAAAGUCAUUUAAAUAAA